CGCCUUCCUCCUCCGUUCCUUUCACUUGCUCUUUGCUUUCCGCUGUCAUCAAGGCCUGGGCAGCCAGGCAGCUGGAGGAGGAGGAAGCGGGAGGCGAGCAGAGCGCCAGGGGGGCGAGAAGCAGAAUCAAAACAAGCAAGACACGCCUUUUCCCGUGCUUGCGCUCCUUCCCGUGGCCUGGCGGCUGUGGUGUGCAUGCGACUAGGCGGGAGGGGGAGAGAAGAGCCAGAGCUGAGCUUGCUCGCUCCUCCGCUGCCUCCUGACAAUGGGGCUGCACUAAACCACGCUUGGUGGUAGUGUGGUAGUGGGAGCACCAGCAGCGGAGAAAGCACCAACAGCCGCCAGCUUCCUGCUGCGACCCACUCCUCCUCCCUCGGCGAUGCCGAACCAGAAGAGCAACAAGGGCAAGAAGAACAAGCGCGCUAACAGCAGCGGGGACGAGCAGGAAAAUGGAGCCCUGGCAGCGGCGGGGGCAGCGGGCGCUGGAGGAGCUCUGGCCGCGGUGGCUGCUGCGGGAGGGAGCGGGCCGGCGGCAGCCUCAGGAGGCACUGGAAGCUCCGGGGGAGUGGCGGCUGCGACAGGCUCGGCUUCGGCCGACACUAAGAACGAAGCACCUUGUGCUACUCCACUGAUAUGUAGCUUUGGACGGCCUGUUGACCUAGAAAAAGAUGACUAUCAGAAGGUGGUAUGCAACAAUGAACAUUGUCCCUACAGCACUUGGAUGCACCUUCAGUGUUUUUAUGAAUGGGAGAGCAGCAUUUUGGCCCAGUUUAACUGCAUUGGGAGAGCAAGAAGCUGGAAUGAGAAACAGUGUAGACAAAACAUGUGGACCAAGAAAGGAUAUGAUCUUGCCUUUCGUUUUUGCUCCUGCCGGUGUGGGCAGGGCCAUUUAAAAAAAGACACUGAUUGGUAUCAAGUAAAACGAAUGCAAGAUGAGAAGAAGAAAAAGUCUGUGAAUGAGAAGAGUACGGGAAGAUCAUCCUCAGAGUCCACAGAAGAUGUUAAAAAGUGCAGACCUGCAAACAAGUCACAAAAAGGUUUAAAUCAUGAUAUCCAGCGACGGCAUUCGAUGGAUAGACAGAACUCUCAAGAAAAAAGUGGCUCUAGUGGUAGUUAUGCAGUGCGUUCUCCCUGUGGCUCUCCUGGUCAGUCUCCUCCAGCUGGGUACUCAGUUCUUGCCCCCACUCAUUUCAGUGGGCCCCGUUCUUCACGAUAUUUAGGAGAAUUUUUGAAGAAUGCUAUUCACCUAGAACCCCACAGGAAGAACAUAGCCAAUAGUGGCAUGUUUAGAAAUGCUCACUUUGAUUAUGGGUCAUCUGGGCUACAGUCACAUAGGUCAGGGCAUUUUGAUGCCCCUGUACAGUUUUUGAGGAGGCUUGAUCUCUCUGAACUUCUUGCUCAUAUACCACGGCAUAAACUGAACACUUUCCAUGUUCGUAUGGAAGAUGAUGCCCAAGUGGGUCAAGGAGAAGAUCUGCGGAAAUUCAUCCUUGCAGCACUGAGUGCCAGUCACCGAAAUGUUGUCAACUGUGCAUUAUGCCACAGGGCACUGCCAGUUUUUGAACAGUUUCCAUUGGUGGAUGGAACCCUGUUUCUUAGCCCAUCGCGACAUGAUGAAAUUGAAUAUGAUGUUCCCUGUCACCUUCAAGGAAGGCUUAUGCAUCUCUACGCAGUUUGUGUAGACUGUUUAGAAGGGGUUCACAAAAUUAUCUGCAUAAAGUGCAAGUCUCGGUGGGAUGGAAGCUGGCAUCAACUAGGCACCAUGUACACUUACGAUAUAUUAGCCGCUUCACCCUGUUGUCAGGCACGACUGAACUGUAAACACUGUGGGAAACCUGUUAUAGAUGUACGUAUUGGGAUGCAGUAUUUCUCAGAAUACAGCAACGUUCAACAGUGUCCACACUGUGGAAACUUGGACUACCAUUUUGUGAAGCCAUUCUCUUCGUUUAAAGUUUUGGAGGCUUAUUGACAAAAGCUUUGCCAUAGUAAUAGCUAUUUUAUGAGUAUUGUUUCUUUAUUUUACAUAUCUUUUAUAAGAUCUGUUCUGUGAUGGGAGAGGGAAAAACCCUAAUUUCUAACUGAAAGGAAGUGCAGCAGCUUUGUAUGUUUGUGUACAUGUGUUCCUAUGUAGAUGCGUGUCAUUAAGACCAUGGUCCUCUUGCCGCAGUUUCAGUGAAGGGUGGGGGUUGAGGCCAACCAACAUUUGCCGAAGCAAUAUAUUUUUUUAAAAAAUCCAUUCUGUCUUUGUUUAAAAACUUAUUUAGGACAGAGAAGCUGCAAGGUAUGGAGAACCUAUGGUCAAACUAAUACCUGAUUUUAAAAUAGAAAAUAUCAUGGGGAGAGGAGAACUCUUCAUAAAUGUCUUAGAACAGUCAGAUGGGAUCCCUUGCAGCUGUCUGUCCAGAUAGAUGGCGUCUUAGUGGAAUGCAGUGAUUGGCUCCCCACUUAAGAGCAUUCAUCCUUGUCUUUACUCUUGAUUCACAGAAGUUGAUUCCACAGUUUAGUAUAAUGUAGAGGAUAGUAAGGGGAUGAGAUGUUCUAAAGGUUGGAAUUUGGAGUGAUCUGUCCGGUGUCCGAUCCACAAGCUGGUCUUACAGUUCACGAUGACAACCUCUCUAUGCAUUUGGGUUUGCAAUGCUUGGAUGAGGUAAGUGAUCAGACUGAAUGGUUGUAAGUGCCGGCAGUUCUGUUGACAUUGCUAUUUUUCAGCAAGCCUCUGUGUUUGGCCUCCCUUGUAUGAUAGCCUCCAAGUUGUUGUUCCGCAAUGAAUUUGCCAUUGUCAUCACUUGGGAGCAAGGUCAGGUCUUGGUAGUAUAAGUAGUAGUAGCAAAUAUACUUUGAGAGUCUGUUAAGGUAAACCUAACCAUCAUGACAAAUGAAUGUAAUGCUAUGUCGGAAAAUGCACUGUUUUUUUCUUUCUUAAAAAAACCCCCUUAUUUUUGCAUAGCGUCUUCCUGGAAUAUAUAUUUGAUAAUUAGAACUACCCUCACUGACAGAUCAUACUGUUUCCGCUAAUAUUUUAAUCCUAGCAGGACAGCUGCUUUUACCAAAACAAGCUUGAGAACUUACAACUGUGUUAUUUCAGAUGCUUUGUAGAUGUUGUUGAUGCUCAGAAGGACCAUGUAGCUAAUUUCAGACCAGCUGUUCAAGGGUGUCUGAAUUGGAGCACCUCUGUUGCAGCCCUUUGUGUUUGGAUGACCCUUAUCUCUCAUUGCUGUUGCAGUAAGCAAUGGGCAAAGCAAAUGGAUUAUGUUUCAAGUGGCUACCUAGGGUGAAUAGAUUUACCUGUUGGUUGGAAUGUCACCAUGUCACUUGCAAAAUGGGAGAGAUAAUUCCUUUAUCAUGUGAGUACUAGUCUAGAAUAGAAACCUUUAAUAAAACUUGUAGCUGGAGCUUUCAUCAUGGAGUCAACCCCAGAUAUGUCAGCUGUUCAAAAGUAGUAGGAAUAUCACCCCUCUCCAAAAGCUUGCUGAUUCAAGCAAACUCUGUGCACAUGUGUGUAGACUCUUUCAUAAACUGGCCUAAUAGAUUCAAUGCUAAUGCCUUAGAAUGGCUGAUUAAAGGGAUGGACUGGAAUCCAAGGGACUUUUUGCAUUUAUGGAAAAGUUGUCUUAAUCCAGUGGAUUUGCAAAACUCCUUUCCUUUUAAUGCCGCAUUGCGUCCUGCUUUUGAAGUUCCCAGGCUUUCAAGGUAGUUUGCUGUACAGCAUGAGGGAUUAUGAGGGCUGCUGUGCAGACUAAAAGGGGGAGAAUUCCUCUUGAUUUCAUGAAGGUAGUUAAAUGUAAAGUGGUGCUUUUUUGGACCUAGUUAAUCUUCAAGAAAGCUGUGAGUUAUUUUAAAGCAGUUGACUCCUCCUGGCCUGUACAUGUUUUGAAAUGGCACUUUUAACUUGGGGUUGAUAGACUAAAAAUGACUGAAGAGGUUGAAUUUUGAGCCCCUUAGAAAUUUAAGAUCUUUUUUGUUGUUAUUGUUUGGAUAUAGUUUCCAUCCAUACCAAUAUUUACAUGUAUGAAACUAAAAACUGGGGGACACACCAUACUAUCUUGGUAGACCUAAGCAUAUUCCAACACCGAUCCCUCGGCAUUAGGAGAUGAGAAAUCUCUCUGGACAGUGAUUUCAGUUUUGGGAACUACAGCCAUUAAAAUGAACCUUUGAGGGAAUGCUUAAAAUGAUUUUCUAUAGACUAAACUAGGGCACUGGACACAAGCCACAUUGAAAUUAUUAGAUUUAAUUGCCCAUAGCUCUCUGCUGGAUCAUGCUCACUGUAUAGUUUGGCAAAACAUCAUUUGCUAAAAAGGGAAUACUCCGUUGUACUGAUUGCAAGUAUGGCUCCAAAAUGAAUUGUACAUUCCCAAAAGAAUGCAAAAAACAAUAACACAGAAGUCAUAAUAAACUUAAUGUUCAGUGUUACAACAAAGCCCCAUCCUUGCAAGAUCUUUAACUGCUUGCUACACUUAUAAAGAACCAUGCGUUUGCAAUAAAAAUACAGCUGCUUAGAAUUUUAUCAUUUAAACUUCUAAAGUACUUUUUAAAAAAGUUCAAAACAGGUCACUUUUGCAUUCAGCUAUAUAUUUAGUUGUGUUCAGCUGAACUAGGUAUUUAUGCAGAAGCAUUUUUAGGUUCCCUUGAUCUAAUAAUUUGCAUACUUUGCACAAUUCAGCAUUGUGCAUGAAUUUCAAAUCAUGUUGCACUCACAUUUUUACACAGGAGAAGAGAAGCUCUGGGAAAUUUUGGAUUUGUAUUUUUCACUGCGGUCUGCAGUUCUUUCUGGGUUUGCUUCUCUAUUAAGGUGCUCCUCUUAAGCACUUGUGUGUUUAACAUUAGUGUAAGUUCACAUGUAUCUAUGGUGCAUGCUUACUGCCAUUCACUGCAGAUGCUCUCCCCUUCUGGGCUAUUAGUCAAGGCUAUUCGUACAGUCAAGCAAACAUCUUCCUAGGAAUGCCAUGAGAACUGGUAGCCAAGCUUGCCCCCUCAUACUUCAAAGCAGACCUUGGGUCUUGUUGUUGUUGCCAUCUGCACACUUGUGUUGUUGAAGGGUUGGCACCAGAUUUAGCUGUGGGGCCUCUAGAAGCUAAGCCUUUAAAGUAACUUAAACCCUGAACAGUUACAUUCUUCUAAGUCCAUUGGGUUUAGGACGUCUGCUUAGAAUUUCACUGUAAAUAAGGGUAGCAGAAGUGUUCUCUGCUUCUCAAGCUACAAAUGUCAAUUGUGAGCGAGGUUCAGGAUGGGGUUGAGGUAUUAAUGCUUGAGUUUAUGUUGCCUUUAUUAAAAAGCAUAUGUGGAUAUGGCUGAAAAUUUAAAAAUUGACAGGGCUGAAGGAAGUGGAGAAAUCCUACUGAUGUGGAGCUCUAUAUAUGCCCUGGAGCUGUCACAUUAUAGCCUGUGAGUUGGAGUGUUUAUGUAAAAGCCAGGAUAUCUCUGCAUAAUUAUGUUGUAUAUCUGCAUAUAAAGAGUAUUAGCAGAGUGACAUCCAGUGCUUCUUAAAGGACACAUUAUAAAAAGAUAGAGACCUAACCAAGAGUAUUAUACAACAAAGGGUAUUAAAAAUUUUCUGCAAAAAAAGUAUGUAUGGGCUUUGUGUGCAACAGAUAUGGAAAUAACAUUGCACCUAAAGUACUCCAUUAUUGUCUAGAGAAAAUAUAUAUUGCAGUUAUUUAAAUUCAUUUUUCAUUAUAUUGAUUUUUUUAAAAACGUAUGUAGCAUUCUAUUGUGUUAGCAUCAAAAGAAUUUUUUUUUGCUUUGAAAUUAGCUGAACUGUGAAACAUAAAUGGGUCUUCAAAGAAAAUUACCCUUGAUCUGAACCUGUUUGAAUUCAACUGACUUUCAAAUUACAUCACUUCAUGUAAUACUUAGGCAGGGGAGCCCAGCUAGUAGCCUGCAAACUGCAUCCAGAUUGAGCAUCUGGCAUGAUAUAGCUUCUUAUCUCUGUCUUCACUCAUCUCAUUUCCUGAUUGAAAAAAGAGACCUGCCAGGUGAGGAGCCUGUCAUUUGCAUGCUACCUUUGGCCUCAGCAGUGCUGCUUCCUGAGCAUUUUUUGUUCAGGAAGCAAUUCCAUUAAGGCGGAGUUAUGUACUGCAUCGCAAGACUUCUAUGAAAAAUAGUUACUCCGUAAUUUAUAGGAUUCAGAGGCCCGUGGGCUUAUCUCUAAUUUUCCGGGUGUGAUGGUUAUAUGCAUAUUCUUUAGCUUGGAGGCAUGGUCUUAUUCUAGCCAAGCUGCUUCGGAAUUGAUGUAGUUUAUAGGGAAGAUCCAAAGCAUCAUAAUAUGGGCAGUGCUGGUGCCUGAGCCAGAUCUCUGUUCCAGAAGUCUUUCUGCUCUCCUAUUUAUUUGUGUAGUAGAAGACAACAGAAGUUUCCAUUUCUCUUACAUACCUUUUUCUACAGACACUAUGAUGCUUUUAUUUAUUGAGGCAUUUGUGUAGAAACAUUUAAAGAUAAUGGGAAGACAGAAAAUUGAACUUUUUACACACACCCCUCCUAACAAAAUGGAAUGGAACUUUAUUCUGUCUGCUAAAAGGUAUAUUUAAAAUGCAGGUAGAAAAAAAAGUUUUAAACUGUGAGCUUUGGGGAACCUGAAUUAGUGGAGUUCAGAAAUUUGGAUUCCUCUAGGAUUGUAUUUUGUACCCAUAGCCCCACAUGGAAUUUAAACCAUUUAAAAACCUGUUUGCAGGAUUGGGAUGUUGAUAACUAACAUCUAAAUGUGUGGAGUUCUGAGAGAGCAAGGUUUGAGGCAACAUGUGAUUCUGUCAGUGUGUUCUAUUGAUAGGAAGACAUGUACUAAGUUUAUUUUCAUUUAUCUCUGAUUUUAUUGUACGAGGUAUUCAAGGGCAAAGUGUUGUGAGGUUAUGUUUGAAGCCUGCCCCACUACGUUUGUCAGAAAAAGCCUUUUAUGAAAAAAAAGAAAAAAAGGGUUGGAUUGCACUUUCGCAGAAGAGAGAAUAUGUACAUAGCAAAUGAAUGUUGAUGAAAUUUAAAAUAAUUGGUUAUGAUGCCAUUUUUGUGUGGUGUUUUUGGUUGUGAUUUAUCUGUAUUAAAAUAAUUGAGAUCA